AUGCAACAAGAGCUCUUGGAAGAACUUGAAGCAGCGGAUAUAAGUUAUACCGACGUAAGAACUCGUGAGGCGGGGCUCACCUCAAAGGACCAGCCCAAUCUGAUCCCGUUUGACGAAGAGCGCCGUGUGAUGGGUUGCAUAUGUCAUGACGAUAAUCAUCACAUCAGCUACCUGCUCCUCUACAAAGGCAUUCCAACACGUUGCAGGUGCGGCCACUGGUUUAAGCUGGUGGAUUAUAAUGAAUACGAGGCUGCUAGAGACCGGUACUGGAACAAAGUGAAGAAUGAGCCCGAAAAUGCAAAACUUGUGAAGGAAUUAGAGAACGCGGAACAGGUGUUGCAGAAUUUGCUUGAGGAAAGCAAGACCAUGACCAGAAGCUCGCCGGGCGCAACAGAGAUGAUGGACAAGUUGCUAAUCAACUGGAAC